AAAUAUAAACGAAAUUUAUAAGACCAAGGACGUUAAUUGGGUUCGAACUUUCCGUGUCGAGGAAGAGAGAACUUUAGCCGCAUCAAUUGAGUGAGGACACCGAUCAGACACAUGGCUCAUGGUUAGCUCCGAUAUUCUGUCAGCUGGCUUCAGUUGCAGCUCUCAAAACUGCCUCGUGGCCCCUGCGAAAACAGUGGAAAAUGCGGCUUGCCUCACUGCAUGCACGCACUGCAAGAAUAUUCAGCCUUCCAUGCAGUCUUAUUGGCAGUACUGCUCCAAAACCGGGCCGCCUACUCUUACUCCCAACCCGGACGUGGAACCUGCAUAAUUCUUGCAAUCAUACGUGUUGGUGGACUCCCUGAGCUAUCGCCUGGAUCAGGCUGGAUGCUCCUCCCUUUGGGGUUCUUUCAACUAGUCUUCUUCCGCUUGGCACGUUGGCAUGGGAAAUCCAUAUGGAAAAGAGCGCCCUUCAUACCGCUAGCACUUAGCAUUCCCGCGAAACGUCAUUUCCCUUAUUCUCAUCAUCACAUACGGUCUGGUGACUGCAUUAUUUGACGUGUCGCUCACGAGAGUUUUGCUAACGCGCCUUCACUUGCCGUAUCGAGUGUACCUUCGCGGACGUAAAACGUGUCAUGAAGAUCUAAUUUAGUA